AUGGAAGUGAUUGAGGAGCUCGCAUCUAAUGACGAAGGAUGGAGCAACGACAGGAGUAAGGUGCAUAGGGUGGCUUCUACUACAGAUCAUGAUCCUAUGAGCUCCCUAUCCGACAAGUUGGAUGCGCUGACCAUGAAAUUCGACUGCAUAGCAAUGGGGCAACCAUCUCAAGAACCCCAAGGAAAAAUGGGGGACGUGAACUAUGUGAAUCAAGGGGACAACAACCGGUACUUCAAUAAUCACCGCGCCAACUUUCAGGGUGGAGGAUAUAAUCAGUUCGGGAACAAAUGGCAUCCCAAUCUAUCUUAUGGAAACCCAAAUAAUGCUCUGCAACCACCCCCGGGGUUCACAGUUACUGAUGGAGUGGUUAAUGAUCCGAAGAAGAUGACCACGGAAGACAUACUCAAGUCUUUCAUGCUACAGUCCAACAAGCUCAUGGAGCAGAACAAUCAAAGGAUUGAGAAGGUUGAGACAGAUGUGCAAAGUAUGGCCACUCAUCUGAAGAACAUAGACACACAGAUCAGCCAGAUUUCCCAUACUGUGACUCCCUCACUGCCUGCGACCACAUCUGAUACCGUUCUUGAGCCCAAGGCUGCCGUGGCAGAGAAGGAAAAGGAGGCUGAAAAGGAGAAUACUGGCACCACUUCUGGAGUAAAGGUGCCAUUCCCGCAGGUACUGAAUCAGAAGAAGAAGAAGAAAGAUGAGCAGUUCACUCGAUUUCUGGACAUCUUCAGAAAGGUGCAUGUGAACAUUCCUUUGAUCGAGGCACUGCUGCAGAUGCCUAAGUACGCUAAGUUUCUGAAGGAGGUGAUAGCCCAGAAGACCAGUUGGGGGCAGGUUGACACUAUUAACCUAACUGAAAAUUGUAGUGCUCUGCUGCAAAGGAAAUUGCCUACCAAGCUGAAGGACCCUGGAAGUUUCACUGUCGACUGCCUCAUUGUUGGCUAUAAAGUGGAGAAUGCUCUCUGCGAUCUAGGCGCGAGCAUCAAUCUAAUGCCACUAUCGGUGUUCAAGCAACUGAACAUCGGUACUUUGAAGCCCACCUCAGCCACACUACAGAUGGCAGACAGAUCUGUCGCGUAUCCAGAGGGCAUCGUGGAAGACCUACUGAUUAAGGUUGGGGAAUUUAUUUUUCCUGUCGACUUUAUGGUCUUGGACAUGGAAGAAGACAAGGGAGUCCCCCUACUGCUAGGACGUCCCUUUCUUGCCACUGCUGAGGCAAAUAUAAACGUGAAAAUGGGAGAGUUGACAAUCUUCAUGGGAAAAGAAAGUCAAACGUUUUCCCACAAACCGAGAAGCAUGGAUGGAAGAACUGAGGUGUGCAAGGUGGUGCGUCUGAAGCACCAAGUGACUACUGAAGAAGAAGGAUCGAGUGCAGUCAGAAAAGUGAAGCAGAAGGACUUUUAUGAGCCUCACAUGGAGAUGAUGGCUUCCACUGACUCGGAGCCAUUAGCAUGGAUCGAUGCAGACCAUAGUCGCUCUUCACCGGUGCACGCGGUGAUCACUACUGAACCCCCUAGGAUGGGGGGUAAAAUACCAACUACUGUCAAGGGAAGAAAGAUAACUGCUCCAACACUGAAGGAGCCUAUCCCGAGAGAGCCUGAAAAGUGGUGGCUCACCAAGACUUGGAACGAUCUAUUUCCUCAUGGAGGAGGAGCCAAGCGAUCACCUGGAGGCAACUCUGGGAUGAAAGGGGAUCUCGGUUGA